UAAAUAAAUAUCUCCUAUAGAAAGCUUCAUCACGCCGACGACUAGACGAUUCGAAAUUUAGAUGAUGUGGAGCAUCAACUGUUCCAUACAAGUCCCCUGUGCAUGAGCUGUUACUCUACAAAGGAUCCAGAAUGAGCACACUGGGGUAAAUCUGUGAAUCUUGAAUUACAGGAGGCAUUAAUCUCAGAGCUGCUUGUUACAGGAAAUUAAUCAACACCUUCUGACCAAUGAGAAUCGACAAGUCAAAAGUGCCAUGGUAUAAGAGGAAAUAAUAAUAUAGGCUCUGCAACUACCUUUUAAUAGUGAUAAAGUGGGUAUCAAUUCAUGAAGUGAGUAAAAGUGUACCACGACUAAAUCUGUCAUUUAAAGUUUGAAGUCUUCAGAAAGCCACGCCCACUCUGCCCCGACUUUAACGAAGAGCUGACGUUUCAUCCGGGUCUUUUUUUUUUUUUUUUUUUUAAAUCUUCUUCAGUUAUUUAAUGAAUUGUAUUAUGGUUACAGACACGUUCUUCGUUUGGAACGAGGCCUACAAUCUGAGCAGGAAUGUUUGGAGUAGAGAUGUGUGUGUAUUUUCAGGCAGCUGGUCUGCAGGUGAGCUCAUUAAAGUGAACCGCCUCCAUCUUCUCUGUAGACUCUCUCGGGCUGCGUCCCAAACCGCAAACUACAUACUGCGUUCAUAUUAAUUAGUACUGCAUUGUUGGAUUCGGGACGCGCCCGCGGUAACCUCUGACCCCUAUUAAGUAGUUUAGGGUGCAGGUUUGGGCGUGGUCUUUCCUCCUUUGACUUUAGACGUGAGGAAUCUUUGGUUAGUGUUACAGUUUCUUCAUUUCUCACUCGGUCGGUGUGUUUGAUGAUUGGUGUAAUAAGAAGGCUUAUUCUGGGAGGUUUAGACUGAUGAAGCAGGCUGAAGGUGGUAUGAUUAACUAACUAACUAACUAACUAACUAGCUAACAUGGCGGAGCAAAUCUACGACAUUAAAGGAGCUCCCAACUCCGGAAGUCAGUUUACUGAGGACCCGGAGUUGGAGGCGAUCAAGGCGCGGGUGAUGGAGCUGGAGGAAGAGGAGGAGGAGAAGCUGAGGGAAGCGCAGUACUGUUCAGACAAGCCGUUUCCCUAUGGCCCUCUACAGACAGGACUUUUCUACAGUAUGACACCCGAGGAGAGGGUAGACGCUGACACCAGAUCCGUCUACGUGGGGAACGUGGAUUAUGGGACGACUGCCGAUGAGCUGGAGAUCUACUUUAACGGCUGUGGCCACGUGAACAGGGUCACUAUACUGUGUGACAAAUUCACUGGCCAUCCGAAAGGGUUCGCAUACAUCGAGUUCUCUGAUAGAGAGUCGGUGAGGAUGGCCAUGGCUCUGGAUGAAACCUUAUUCAGAGGACGCGUCAUUAAGAUGGGAUGGGGUGAUCUAGGUGUAUUUGGUGAGCCCUCUAAAGAAACCCCACAUCUGGAUACGAUGGCUUCUCAGGGGAUGCUGUUCCCCAACUUCUACUCUGCAAAUCCACUCUGCUCUCCAUCCAGAGCCGCAUUGCUGACCGGGCGUCUUCCCAUUCGGAACGGAUUCUACACCACCAACGCUCAUGCCAGGAAUGCCUAUACACCUCAAGAGGUCGUGGGAGGAAUUACUAAGGAUGAGAUCCUGUUGCCUCAGAUCUUAAAAAAACAAGGCUAUGUCAGCAAGAUCGUUGGCAAGUGGCACCUUGGACACAGAAAGCAGCACCUGCCUCUGGAGCAUGGUUUUGACCAGUUCUUCGGUUCUCCACACUGCCAUUUCGGACCCUAUAAGGAAAGUGAUCGUCCCAACAUCCCUGUUUAUAACAACUCCCAAAUGAUUGGAAGGUACUAUGAGGAAUUUAAAAUCAACAGGAAAACCGGGGAAUCAGAGCUCACACAGUACUAUUUACAGGAAGCAUUGGACUUCAUCAUGCACCAAAACACAGCCCAUCAGCCUUUUUUUCUCUACUGGGCACCAGAUGCCACACACGAUCCAGUUUAUGCUUCCAAGCAAUUCCUGGGUCAAAGUCAGCGGGGACUCUAUGGUGAUGCUGUGAUGGAGCUGGACCACAGUGUGGGGAAGAUUUUGGCUCGCCUGGUUGACCUGAGCAUCGAAAACAACACAUUUGUGUUCUUCACUUCCGAUAACGGUGCUGCAGUGAUGUCUGGACCAGGACAAAGUGGCAGUAAUGGCCCAUUCCUGUGCGGAAAGGAGACGACUUUUGAGGGAGGAAUGAGGGAGCCUGCUAUUGCUUGGUGGCCUGGACGAAUCCCAGCAGGCACGGUCAGUUAUCAGCUGGGCACCGUGAUGGAUCUCUUCACUACCAGCCUUGCUCUAGCCGGCCUUAAUGCUCCUGAAGACCGGGUAAUCGAUGGCCUGGAUCUGAGUUCCACCCUCUUUAACAAAUCAUUAACAGAAAGGCCCGUUUUCUAUUACCGUGGCAAUGAGAUGAUGGCAGUGCGGGUCGGGCUGUACAAGGCACAUUAUUGGACGUGGACCAACUCGUGGGAGGAGUUUAAACAGGGUGUAAACUUUUGCCCUGGCCAGGAGGUCCUUGGAGUCACCAAUCACACCCAGCAGGAGCAUACCAUGCAGCCACUCAUCUUCCAUCUGGGACGGGACCCAGGCGAGAAACAACCAAUCAAUGUCCUGUCAGAGGAAUAUCUGGAAGUUCAGAGACGUAUCAAUACCAUAGUGGAGCAGCAUAAGGUGACGCUCGUGCCUGGAGAGCCACAGUUGAACAUGUGUGAUCUGGCGGUGAUGAACUGGGCUCCACCAGGAUGUGAGAAGUUGGGGAAGUGUCUCAAACCACCACCAUCUCAUCCACAAAAAUGUGACUGGCCCCACUGAUGCAUCCAGUAAAUAUAUUUAUAUAAUAAGACUGAAUAAACUGAGAUUACUGGUCAGAUAAAAAAAAAAAAAACAACUCGUAAGCACUGUAAAGUUUUUGUGUGUGUGUGUAUUUAUCUAAAGAUUCUGACUAUGUUAAGUUUGCUAAUUUUAUGGUAGUUUUCUCCUUAUGAUAUUUUAACACGAUAGAAAUAUACAGUGGUGCAUACGUUUAGAAUUGAUAGUUUUACAUCUUUGUUAAAGGAUUAUCUGGUCUGCCGUUCACCGGUUUUAUUUCUACUGCUUUGUCAUGUGACUUGGCUGUGAAAACGUCCUGUUUUCAAGAGUGUGUUUCAAUUUCAUAUCGUGUUCCCUACCGGCACGAUCUUUGAUUAAAUGAGGAUUUAGCCAUAUUUCAGCGUUUCUCAGUGUAAAAGUUGUGCUGGGACAAUGUUCAGAUCAUGUUUGUCGUUUAGUGAUAUCCCAUGAUGCACCUCCAAAUGUUGAGUGUGUCCUGACUAAUCCAGAGCAUCUCAGAAUGUUUAUCUCGUAACUCCUAAAGUGAUGUACACGUUAAGCUUGGGUAGAUUAAGCAAGUAUUACUUUAAUUUGUCAGUGGGAAAAUGAACCGUGACUAACUCAGUAGCUGAUGAUAAGCCAAAAAUAAAAGGGGGAAAAAAAAGAUAGACAUUGCUAGAGAAGAUGGCGUCGUCUUUGAGUCGGAUACAGGGUCCUGACAAAAACUCCUCAAGUUUCUACAGAAAGCAUAUUUUAAUGAAAUAAUUAUGUAAAUACUAAUAUAAUAAUCAGUUUACUCUCUGUUAAGCACGUUCUUUUCAUGUAUACGUGACUUUUCUGGGUUCUCUGGUUUCUUUCCACUUCCCAAACACAUUCCAGUUGGUGGACUGGCUACUUUGAAUCACCCGUGGGACUGGUUCUGUACGGCCCUGUGACGGACACGUUCUCUAGGACACGUUCAUGUUCUAUAGCCCUGUGCUAUGAGGAUAAACUCCGUAUCCACUGUGAGCCUGAGCAGGAUAACAUGUUUACGGAAGAUGAUUUUCUGAAUAAAGGAUAUUUUUUACUCAUGUUGAAAUGGAAUGUGAACCAAAAACUCGAGUGAUUUCAUGGUCUCCUCCACCUCCCACACAUUUAAUUCCUCUCACUGAUGUUUUAAUCUAAAGCAGCUUCGAAGUGGAGCGGAAUCCAGGGCCGCAAGAUAAACGGUGUGUAAAUGGACCUUGCGAGUUUGUGCUUUUGACAUGGCACGCCAAACACAGUACGUACACUUGCCUUCCAAGAGGGUAAAGUGGUGGGAGUGAUGUUCAGACAACUGGGAAUAUAGAUGUCAGAAAUAAGCUAGCUAAUGACUGAGGUUAAUGGUUUAGCUAGCUAACCUAGAUGUUAUUUUGUGAAAACGAAACUAUUGGGAAUAUUGCCAGAGCCAUAUCAACCUGCAGUUCUCACCUGGUUUCCCAUUGAAUCUAAGCAGGGUUGAGACUGGCCAGUACCUAGAUGGGACAUCUGGGGAAAACUAUAGCUGCUGCUGGAAGUGGUAUUAGUGAGGCCAGCAGGGGGCGCUCACCCUGUGGUCUGUGUGGGUUCUAAUGCCCCAGUAUGGGGACACUAUACUGUAAAAACAGCGCUGUCUUUCUGAUGAGACAUUAAACCAAGGUCCUGACUCUCUGUGGUAGUUAAAAAUCCUGGGACACCUUGUUAAAGAGUAGGGGUAUAACCCUGGUGUUCUGGUGAAAUUCCCCUAUUGGGACUUCUCGAUCAUGGUCUCCAUCUCUGAAUUGGCUGCAUCACUUCUCUCCACUAAUAGCUGGUGUGUGGUGGGCGUUCUGGAGCACUAUGGCUGCCGUCAGAUCAUCCAGGUGUAUUCUACACACUAGUGUUGGUUGAGAUUUCCCCCUCCAUACUAUUUAAAGUGCUUUGAGUGUCUAGAAAAGCGCUAUAUAAAUGUAACUUUAACUGUAUGUACCCCAGAUGUGUUGGUAAAUUAUUAAGAAAAUGCACAGUUUGACUAAAAUUAUAUUCGAAUUACAAUAGAUGGUGGGAGGGUGUGUAGGUCCCUGGUUUUCUCCUCAGCUUGCAAUACUGUCUGUGUAGAGUUUUGUGUUUUCCCAGUGCUAAUCUCGGUUUCCUGUCUUCUCCCCAAAACAUGGAUUGGCUAGGCUAAAUUGCCCCUAGCUGUGAAUGAGUAUGUGAAUGUUUGUGUGUACAUAUGGUGUCCUCAAAUGGUCUGGGAAAAUCAAUAUUUAACUCAUAUGUUUAUACUACACUUUUAAGAAUGUAAAAAAUUACAUUCUAAUUACAAUUAGCAUCAAUUCCAAACCAAACCCAACUACCAGGGUUCUGCAAUACUGAGAAAUAUAAACGUUUCUUCACAGCUUGUAAACUUGGUGCUAUCAGACAGAAACCGAAACGUAGGCUGUUUGGUAGUGUCAUGGUUUGGGCUUGCAUGUAUAAAGAUAUACGCAGUAUGUGUAUACCU